AUAAACCCAUACUGUUCCGUUCGAAGGCUUUCAAACUCGGGGCUUUCGUUCCUAUGAUUGGAGAUUAACGUUGAGAAACUAGAAAGCUCUACUAUCCGGUUAUGGCGAAUGUCAAGGCUAAAAACUUCAUUGUUUCGAGGCCAAAUCCCCGUCUUCACAAUAUCAACAGUAAUGGGGUGAAAUCCAAGAGUAGGAUCGCAUUGUCCUUCAAGAAAGGCUCUGAACCAGUCAACCACUGGGAUUUUCUGGAUGAGAUUGAAGCUCCCAUGUGGGUGGAUCUUGCUGUAGAGUCCAAGUCAGCGUAUACAGAUGAGGGUGAUGAUUGGUUCAACACCAGCCAUGUGUUCCAUCAAUCUUCUGCCCGUGAAAUGAUAGCUGCAUUUUCAUGCAUUGGAGAGGUACGUACAGGUAUGCAGCAACAAUCUUCCCCAAAGCUCCCACCAUCAGUGUCAAGAUCAAGAGGUAAAGAUUACAGAAACAGGGAAUGGGUGCAAGGAAAUCCAAAGUUAACCAUAGAUAAUAAGCAUCCUAUCGUGAGCUUAAACAGUAAUUCCAGCAGCACUAGUGAUAUCUUGUUAGCUUUGAGGAUGAAACGUUGUGCCACACGACCGGCAGUGAGAGUAAUGGGUAGUCACACUGACUCAGACGCUCAGAAGUCUUCCUCAAGCAAAUCAAGCGUAGGAUCCUCAUACCCUCAAGUGGAGGAUGGAAACAUAAGCCAAACUAAAGACAUAACCCCAGAAAGUAGACAUGUCUUUAGACUGUCAAAGGUUCAUUAUCAUGCUCGCACAACACAACGAAAAGUUCUUCUUCCGAAAAGAGGCAGCAUAGUUGUGGUUCCAAAUGUGGUUUCAAAGGCUAAUGAGAGCAAAGGAAGCGCAUUCAAAAGACCUAUGGCCAGAGGUAAGGAGAAUGCACCAUGGGCAAUGUCCAUGAGUCAGAAUUUAAGCAGCAGAGAGAGGACAGGGGCUAAAAUUAGAGUUCAGGCUCCUAAAGUUUCAAAGGAAAGAGUCAUUGGAACUAAUGCUAAAUCAACACUGACAGCACUUAGAGGGCAGGCUCCCAAAGUUUCAAAGGAAAGAGUCCCAGGAGCUAUUGCUAGAACAACACUGAUAGGCUCAAAGGUAGCACUAGAAAGUAGAAGGGAAGUGAAGAAUCCCCCAAAUAUUGGUCGGAGGGUUUUCCUGAGAUGAGAAUGAUUUGGUGAUUGUUUCCUGCAAUCUAAAAGAAUGAAUACAAACGCAAAAGACAGGAUUCCUAAGUUUGUUUUGCAUUUGCUACCAUAACCAUUGUCCCAUUUUGAUUGCUUCAGGGCAGUGGCCUUGGCAUAUCUUUAACAUUAUAAGAGAAUCAUCAUUUCACUCUCAUGUGAAUACGGUGUUGGUAAGAGCAUAUAUAUUGUCAUCAUGUAUGAAUAUCUGAGCUCCCUUUAACUACUUUGUCUUGGAUUUUUUUUGUCGACUAUCCCCAUGGCUUAUUUA